GCAGUCAGGCUGGUCGGGCGGCAGUGUCGGGCAGACCUGGUGGUGAGAGCAUCUACCUCGCCGCUCCUGCAGCACGCCAGCACCGCCCCUCCUUGUCCUGCCGCUGGUCCCCGCCACCCACGCCGCCCGGACCUCCCUGUGCCCAGGGCGAGGGGGCCAGGCCAGGGGCAGGGUCACCACGACCCACCGGGGCCACAGGUGCCCACUGCUGGCCGCUGCCACGCAGAAGUGACGGACAACCACAGUGUUGGUGACGGAACGCCGUGCCCAUGGUGAAGCCGCUGCGUGGACCAAGAGAGAGAGAGAGAGAGAGAGAGAGAGCACCAAGUUACGCUCGACUAUCUUCAAGUGACGUGGGAGGUGUAGGCGCCCUGUAACACCCUCCUUCACCCUGCUACACCCUGCUAUUCCCUGCUACACCUCGCCCAUCACCUAGAGAGAAGGUGCAAGAGUUAAAGGAGCGGCGCGUGCAGAGAGGUGAAGCCCUGAGCCACCCAACCCAACCAGAUAGAAAGGAAACAUGAGAUUGCCUGACGCUACCCUGAACGCUGGCCUUGAAAAGUGUGAAGUGGCUGUGAGGAGAGUGUGAAGUGUGCGGCGAGGAGUGUGUGGUGUGUGGCGAGGCUGGUGGUCUGUCCGGCGGUGAGUGCGUGUCUGGGUUCUGUGGUGUUAGUGCAGGUGGUCGUGGUAGUAGUGGUGACAGUGAAGUGGUGGGGACGUGUUGGACGGUGAAAAAGUGGCCACACACACACACGCACACACACACACACACACACACACACACACACACACACACACACACAUACACACACACGGGAGUUGGUGCGUGGGCGGGCAGGCGAGGAGUGGUGUCCGCGCGUCCCGGGAGAGCAGAGAGAAGAGAGAAGGGAGAAGGAGGUAGUGGUGGUGGUGCUGGUGCCAUGAGUGGAAGCUUGACGCAUGCCUAGGUGCUCCUCCCGCCUCCUCCCGCCUCCUCCCGCUGCCGUGCCGCUGAACAGACCUUCCCCAGACCGCUUCAGUCCCCCACGCGACGCACCAGCCCUCGCUCAACACACACUUGCCUUCUGUGCACACCUGUCCACUCAACGAAGCGGGCCAGGUGCAAUCAUCAGUCCUGACCUCUAGUACCUGGCGGCCCACUGAAGCAUGUGACGGGAAUUGCCACUCAGGGUCAGCUCACGGAAAGGACACAGGGAACUCUGAACUUUGACCUGCGUGGUAGUUGGUGUCACCUGAAGGCCACACAGGCGUCAUAACAGACUCACCAUGGCCCCGCGCACCGCCACCAGCACCCCACCACAGCGGCAGCAGCAGUCGUGGCGGCGGCUAGACUGCAGCGCCCGGUGUGACGCCCUUCGGCAGGCAACAGAAGAGUCUUGUUGCGCCGUGCCCGCCGCGGCGAGGCUGCAGAUGAUGGCCCAGAAAGGCAGACACACGGCGGGGCGGCGCGGCGAAGGAGCAGCGUCACGGUGUCCCAGAAUAGCCUCCGCGGCCCUUUGUGUCGACCCCGAGAGGCCGCUGCCCUGCCCGGCGGCCUCGACCUCAGCUGCGGGCAGGGUGAUGACGGCAGGGGGAGGGGAGGCGCCUGCAGCUGGCGCGACUCACGUGUCACGCAGACCCCUGGACGGAGUGGAGACGGUAGUGCGUCGUGGAGCGCUCCCUGCCCCUCCCUGCGCCCUUGCCCCCUCCCUCCCCGCCCCGCUGAGAUCAAAAUUGGACUCCUCUGAAGUGCUUGCAUCCCGUGACCACCCGGCCCGGCCCCGCCCGUCCUUCCCGCUGACCUCAAGGCCUCGCCACCUCUGCGUGUCGCCCGCAAGGCCGCCGUGCACACCCCGGAGGCUAGACACGCGCUGGGCCCUGCUGGCUGCCAGCCUCAUGCUGCUCCACCUGCUGUCUGGCGUCCCUGCUGCCAGCGCCCAGGUGCAGGGUGAAUCCAUGAGGUGUCACCAGGAGGGCGCCGCUAUUCCUGUGCCGCCUGAGGUAGAGAAGGACAACCCCUGCAUCUCCUGUUCCUGUCAGAACAAGAUUGUGGUGUGUAGGAAGCAGCCGUGUCCCAGUCUGGAAGGAUGCUACUGGAAGAUGACUCAGGAACCUCGACAAUGUUGCCAGCAGUGUAAAGGCUGCAUCCACGAGGGCGUCUGGCAUCCUCACGGGGCUCGCUGGGCUCAGAACGCCACCCACUACCACUGUCUGGCCGGCGUCCUCACCAAGACGGAAACUCACUGCCAUCUGCCCUGUGACUCCCCCGUGCCAGCCAGCGACGGUGCCUUCUGUCAGAGCUGCCCAGGUUGCUGGCUGGAGGGGCGCCGCGUGCUGGAGGGCGAGACUGUGGCUUCACGUGCCGACCCCUGCGUCUCCUGCACGUGCUCCGGGGACCGUCUCACGUGUCAGAAGAGGGCGUGUCCCGUGCUCUCGUGCCCACCAACUCGCCGUGUUAUGACCCCUGGGAGUUGCUGUAUGACUUGCCAAGGCUCUCGAGGACUGAUCACACCGCCGGGCGAGCGUUGCUUCCUGUCUGGCUUCCUGUACACCACGGGCAUGCAGCGCACCCUGGACCAUUGCACCACUUGUACCUGCCACAAGAACUACAUCACCUGCGAGCGCACCACCUGCCCCGUGCUGAACUGCCCGCGGGAGGACCAAAUGACCCCCGAGGAUGAGUGCUGCCCCGUGUGCGUGAAGAGACCUUACAGCGGGAAGACUGAGAACUGCACCAUCCACGGCAUGACACGCAGGAACGGGGAGCAGUGGCAGCUAGACCAGUGCGCCACGUGUCAGUGCACCAACGGUAGUGUGGAGUGCGAGUUUAUGAAGUGUCCCUACAUGAACAAACCGUGUCCGCCUGGCUACAGGCGCGUGGAGUCGGAGGAUGAGUGCUGUCCGCGAUGUGAGGAGGCGCCCGGCGUGUGUGUGGUGUUUGGGGACCCCCACUACCGCACCUUUGACGGAAUGCUCUUCAAUUUCCAGGGCGCCUGCAAGUACACCCUGGCCGAAACCUGCCGCGGCGUGCCCAGGUCGUCCAGAUUCAGCCUCAAAGUGAACAACGACGCCCGACGCUCCAAUAACUUCUCGUGGACCAAAAGCCUCACCCUGCGACUCCCCAACGCCAAGGUGAAGCUGUGUCAAAAGCUUCGAGUCAAGGUGAACGGUACAGUGGUGAAGCCUCCGUUUGAAGCCCCCGGAGUGAUGAGCCUCAAGAAGGAAGGGCGCGCCGUCACCCUCACUACUCCUGAAGGCGUGAGUGUGCUGUGGGACGGCCUGAGCUAUGUAGAAGUGGAGGUGCCGCGUUCAAUGCAGGGCCACACGUGCGGGCUUUGCGGGAACUACAAUGGCAACGAGACGGACGAUAUGGUGACUAAGAGAGGCGUGAGAGCUGACGGGGCCUCGCAAAUGGCAGUAUCGUGGGCAGUAGGGAGGGCCAGAAAGUGUUCCCUCAGGAUGAACAGACACAACGCCUCCCAGAAUGGUCCAAGGAGGAGACCACAGAGAUUGACUUGCUCCGAGACUCACAGGCCGGGGCAGAAUGAGUGUGGCCUCCUCAACAGCACUGUGUUUCAAGCUUGCCAUGCUGUUGUCCCCUUUGAGAAAUUCUACGAGUCGUGUAUGCUGGACAUGUGUGAGUGCAAGUCGCCGCGCCGCUGUGAGUGUGACACCCUACAAGCAUACGCGAGGCAGUGUCAGCGUGCGGGCAUCGAGGUGGAGGAGUGGCGCAAGAUCAGUGGCUGUGGAGGUCUGAAGUGCCCCCACGGUGCCAAAUACAUGGAAUGCGCCCCGUCCUGCCGCGCCACCUGCCGGAACCCGACGCCCAAUCCUAAGUGCCACCAGAAGCGGUGCCGCCCAGGUUGCUACUGCCCGCCGCCCACCGUGCUGCACCGCGGGGCAUGCAUACCGGCCACGGAGUGUCGGAGGGGCAAGCGGCGAAGAAGGAACCGCCGCAGGAACCGCUGAAGUGACGGGGCUGGUCGGGCGAGCGGGAGUCGGGUGGCGGUGAUGCUGGUGGUGGUGACGGUGGUGGUGACGGUGAUGGGGGGACUGUACUAAACGAGACGCCUCCUCUGUGUGUGUGUGUGUGUGUGUGUGUGUCUGUGUCUGUGUGUACAUGUGUAUGGCUGCUCUGGCACCUGUGGAGACGCAGCGUUACCAGAUAAAAAAAGAAAACGGGAAAUUUACACUAGUACCCCACCAGCCCAACUCUCCGAGCAUUGGUUCCUUGCGUCCACCACGGAGAUGCUCACCUCGCGCUCGCUUGUCCAGCCAAUCACAGCGUGGCAGGCGGUGGAAGGACGCACCUGAUUGGCCAAUAAUACCAAGCUCUUUCUGAAUGCCAGGCGGCCCCGCGAAGAGUGACUGAGGGAGACCUGUUCUGAUCUCAAGUGUGUGUGUGUGUGUGUGUGUGUGUGUGUGUGUGUGUGUAAUAUGCAUUCACAUUUGUGCUUACAUGUACACUUUUCUAUUAUCUAUGUACGAAACUUCCCAUAUAUAUAUAACAGUGUAGUUGGUCUAAUGUGUGUGUGUGUGUGUGUGUGUGUGUGUGUGUGUCCUAUAAUAAUAUCCGUUCGCUGUUGUUUGACGUUACUAUAGUAUAUAUAUACAGAUGCAAUCCAUAAAAAAGAGCAAAAAUAAUUCAUUGUUUGUGCUUUGAUACAAAAAAAUACUUGCUGCCAGUAUCCUUUCAAAAACUAUUGUGUUGAGGGAAGGCACGGGAGGAGGAGGAAGACAACAAGGAGGAGGAGGAGGAGAAGAGGGUGAUGCACGUGCCUGCUGCGUGCUGUCACCGCGUUAUCAUAUCACGUGAUGUGCCAGAAAGGAGUGCAGUGAGGACACGAGGAUGACCCAGUGUUGUGUGGUUUGUAUCGUGAAAGGAAGAGAGGAAAUUCAAGAAAAAAAGAUAGGAAGAAAAUGUUGAAGAAACGGAGAAAGAGAAGGGAGAGAAAACGAAGAAAUGAAAGAAGUUAAAAAAGUUAUUGAAACCAGUUAUCAUUGUAAGCACCAACUUCUACAUGAUGUAAAUGUGUGUGUGUGUGUGUGUGUGUGUGUGUGUGUGUGUGUGUGUGUGUGUGUGUGUGUGUGUGUGUGUGUGUGUGUGUGUCUCAAGGGGUCGAGGCAGGAGGAGAGAAGUGGACGUGACAAAGUUCCUACACUGAUGAUGUGAUGACGUAAAAUAUUUUCCAGCAAGGAUGUAAAAAAAAAGAAAGAAAAGAAAAGUAAAAAAAGGUUGGUACUGGUGACUGACCCUUGUUUAUCUGUCUGUCUGUCUGUCUGUCUGUCUGUCUGUCUGUCUGUCUGUUGGUUGUAACACUGAGAUGACUGUUCACACACGCACCAGAUUAUUAUUUUGGUUUGUACUGAAACUGAAAUUAGUAAGCAAGAUUCGCCUUCCGCACGCAGACCAAAGUGUUUCUCGUUCCCCGUUUUGUUGUUGUGUGCUGUCCUGUCGGGAGAAUAUGGCGUGGCGGCGGCGGCGGCGGACACAAGUGAUAUGAUAGUGGUAGCUAGUAACUAAACAAAUACCUGGUCUAGAUCCAUACUCUAUGUAUUAUUAAAAAAGCCGAACGUGAGCUGUGAAAAGACAGAGUGUUUCCGUUUCACUGCCUGAGAGGUUUUACACUGUGGAGAUGCACCAAAGACUAAUUAAUAUACUGCGAGGACUUGGCUUGGAUAGCAGCCGGCGACACACGGACACACGGAAAGCUGAAGAGAGUUCGAUCCCUUGAGAAGAACCAAGCUUACUGAGAGCACCGAGGAAGAUCUGUAUUCCUCCCUUGAGUGAAGAGCAAGAUGAGGAAGGAAGGCUUGUUACUUUAAGACUUUCAAUGAUACGUCAGUGAAGGACGAAGUGAGUUUCGGAGGACAGAGUACAGCGAUGGAAGAAUAAGGACUCGAUUCUACAAGACGGUGCCAUAUGACCGUUCUGUGACGCUUAAGUUAACCAAGAAGCCAUGGAUUUGAAGACUAUCGGGUAUGUUACUAAAGACAGGACCAAGUGAGUAGAGGAGAGCAGUGAUGGACGUAUUGCUACCUAACCCAGUGACAGGCGCGGCUGUGUGGGACGCGGGGAAACAUAACAGUCAGAGGCGGGAGAGAAGCCGCGGCGACACACAACCAGGCAGUGAAACGUGUGGUAAUGUUGCCAACUGGGGCCAGAUACUCGUAAUGCAAACUGUUUUAUUAGAUAAGAUGUAACCCUUAAGUGCAGCAGGAAAGAGAACGAUGUCCGGUGAGAGAAAGACUAAAGACAAAACCUGCCAUAUGACCAAUUAUGGAACCAAACAGUAGAGUUGUGUCAGAGUCGAGAUAAAGACUCCGCUCUUGAACCACGGAACUGAAGCAUGGUUAGUAUUUGCCCCAAACUCAUCUGCCAACCAAGCAAACAUACCCAUGCGGCUUGGAAUCAGACCCACACUCCUGGAAGCUAUGGCAGUGCAAGCAUCGUGUUCUUAUGAGCUGCUGGGUGACUGUGAGGCGCUCUGGAACCCGUGAAACAACCGAUAUGUGAAACAGUUGCUCGAACCAUGUUGUCUAGUCUCGAAGAAAAAAGUGGAAGACACGUUGCAGUGAUGUUUACUGUGUUAGUAUCGCCUGGCUGGCGGAGUGUGGAGGUGGAAAGCAAGACGUGUGGCUUGUGGCUGCAAAUUAUGUGAGUAAUUUUACCAUUGGGUUAAGAUAUAUUGAUACUUUUAUGUUUUCAGUUGCAGACAAUACUCCCGUUUUACUUUAUAGUACCGUUCUUAUUCUUAAUUCUCGACGAAUGACGUUGUGUUAUAAUUCCGAAUAUUCAAUAUGGCGAGAUCUGAUACCUGGUACUGCCUUGGCUACGUGUACUGUCUAAAAUUCAAUAAAGCAAAAAUCAGUAAGGAAAUGACAUAAUUCUCCCGUGCUAGUAAAAUGAAGCUGAGACUUUUUAAAUACCACAAGAAAAAUGCUAUUUUCAGAUAAAAACCACGUCAUAAACAAAAAUUCCACUAAACUCACUGCUACUAACAAUCAGAAGCGAAAGAAAACGAAAUAGCAUUAUGAUAAGCAAAACAGAACUGAAAAUUUUGAAAUGGGUAUUGUAAGAGUAUCAGGUUUGCAUAGACAUGUGGGAAAUAGACAUACUGAAUUAAAACUGACAGCUAGUAACACUCAAAAGACAACGCAAAACUAGACUGCAUUAUGACACUCGUAGUAGCGAAAUGAAGCCGUUAAGUCUGAAUGUCACAAAAACUUAUAAAGCAGAAAUACUACAAUAAUUACUAGACUGACUGGAAUCAAGGUAAAAGGAAAAAAAAAAACUGCAUUAAUAAUCGGCAUGUUCUGGUGAGUGUCCCGCACAGCCCCGUUGGUCACGCCUCCACCAGGGACGUGAAUGUGGUGUCGCCUAGGGGAGGGAGGGACGUGUGGGUGUGGUGGUGGUGAGGUGUGGUGUGGUGUUAUUGAAGGAAAGGCUUGUGAUGAUCGCCUCGACUACUGCGUUGAUAUUGUUAACUAUUAAUCAUACUACUACUAUUUCUACUACCAUUACUACUACUACUACUACUACUACUACUACUACUACUACUACUACUACUACUACUACUACUACUACCUGCUCCAUGUUGUUGUCGUUCGUUCUUUCUUUUAGUUUGUUCUUUAUCAAUAUUAUUAUUUUGUUACUACUAUCAUUAUUAUUUUUAUUAUCAUUAUUAUUAUUAUCAUUAUUAUUAUUAUAUCCAGUACCAGUUCAUAUUGUGGUUAAUUUAGGCAUUUCUUCUUCUGUCUCAUGUUUCAUCUAACUUGCUAUUCAUACAUCAAAAAAAUUGUAUUGUAUUUUUGUUACCAUUAUAUUUUCUUUUUGUAGUGUAUUGCUCUACUCACUAUUACCAGACGCCGUUUUCUGUUACUUUGUAGAUAUUAUGCACCAUAGCUUCCAUUAUUACCUUUAUCAUUCAUGUUUUUUUGUUUUUUUGUUUUUGUAUAGUUUUAUAUACGUGUAGGUAAAAGUUGAUAUUUAAUUUUUCUCCUAUGUUACGUCAACUCUAUAUUAUAUCACCAUAGUUCUCUCCACUGUAACGUUACGCUAUUUAAACAAAAAAGAAAAGAAAACGUAGAAUAAAAAAAAUGCAUAAUAGUAAUAGGAGACAUUGCAAGAAAUACUUAAAUGUGUGUGUUCCAUAAUAUAUUCUCAUUUUUUUAUACUUUGAGCAAUUAUGAUGAUCUGCUGUAGUUGUGCCUCAAGACGAUGGCUGUAAGUGGCGUCCCUGGAUAGAUGUGCUGAUACUCUUCUAGUAAACGUUUAACUGUGAA